AUGAAGAUGGUCGGGGCCCUGCUGGUUGUGCUCUGGCUGUGCAUGGUCACCCUUGGCAGCAGCUCAGGUACUUUGUUCUUCCCUGCUGCAGAGCGCUGCGAUGACUGGGGUGUGGACACCAUGAAACAAAUCCAGAUCUACGAUGGGGAACCUGCCAAGAUCAAAUGCCCGCUUUUCGAGACCUUCUUGAAGUACAACUACAGCACAGCCCAUUCUGCUGGCUUAACCCUGAUCUGGUACAGGAUCAGGCAGGACCGGGAUCUGGAGGAGCCCAUUAAUUUUCGUCUCCCAGACAAUCACAUCAGCAAGGAGAAAGACACCCUUUGGUUCUGGCCUGCUCUUCUCAACGACACUGGGAAUUAUACGUGCAUGCUCAGAAAUACAACCUACUGCAGCAAAGUUGCAUUCCCCUUGGAGGUUGUUCCAAAAGACGAACACUCUUGUGUAAGCCACUCAAUAAAACCCACUGAGGAGAUGUUCUACUUGGAGCACACCAAUGAGAAGAUCAUGUGUCCAGAUAUUGAUGACUUUUACCCUCCUAGUGUAACGCCAACUGUAAAGUGGUACUGGAACUGCAACUUGAUGGAUGGCUUCUAUGAGCGAUACCCCCAAGGGCCCAGGCUUGUCAUCGGCAUCGUCCGCAGCACGUAUAAAGGGAACUACACUUGCAUUGUGACAUUCCAGGACCACGGAAGAACCUAUAAUCUCACCAGAACCAUAAAGAUGAAGGUUGUGGGAAGUCCGAACAAGGCCUUGCCACCACAGUUCAACUCUCCAAAUGAGAAAGUUGCCUACGAAGUGGAAGCAGGAGAUGACCUUGUUCUGCCCUGUGAGGUCUUCUUCACCUUCCUUAAGGACUCCCGGUCUGAAGUGUGGUGGACCAUAGAUGGGAAAAACACAGAUGAUAUCACAGACCCCAAGAUAAAAGUCACACAGAGUGAAAAUGUUAAAGACUUUGAAGACAAAACUGUCCUAAGGACGCUAACAGUUACAAAAGCCACACCAGAGGACUUGAAACGGAACUAUACUUGUUAUGCCAGGAACGCCAAGGGCGAGGAGCACAGCCAGGCCCUAGUGCGCAUGAAAGCUGUAACACCAAAGUACACCGUGGAGCUGGCCUGUGGACUGGGAGCAACCAUCCUGCUCAUUGUGGUGCUGAUAGUCAUCUAUCACGUUUAUUGGCUUGAAAUGGUCCUCUUCUAUCGGGCUCAUUUUGGAACAGAUGAAACCAUUCUAGACGGGAAGGAGUACGACGUCUACGUGUCCUACGCCCGCAACGCCGAGGAGGAGGAGUUCGUCCUGCUCACGCUGCGGGGAGUCUUGGAGAAUGAGUUUGGCUACAAGCUGUGCAUCUUCGACAGAGACGGCCUCCCCGGGGGAAAUACCACUGAAGCUGUGUUCGACUUCAUCCAGAGGAGCCGCAGGAUGAUUGUGGUGCUGAGUCCCGAUUACCUGACGGAGAAGAGCAUCAGCCUCCUGGAGUUCAAGCUAGGCAUCAUGUGCCAGAACGCCAUCGCCACCAAGCUCAUCGUGGUGGAGUACAGGCCGCUGCAGUGCACCCACCCCAGCAUCCUCCAGCUGAAGGAGUCCGUCUCCUUCGUCACCUGGAAGGGGGAGAAGUCCAAGCGCUCCGGCUCCCACUUCUGGAAGGCCCUGCGGCUC